AUGUAUUCCUCACUCGAGCAUCUUGAUGGGUGCCUCCCUGUAACAGCGAUUAAAGUCCUCCCUUUGGGAGGUGUGAAGCUCAUUCUCCAGGGUCAAGGUCUCUUUACCCGUAUCAUUGAUGAGCAGAAUGGAAAGACAUUAGCUCAGCUAAAAACGUUCCGGCGCAACAAUGUUCAUGGCUACAUCAUUAUCGACCAAGGACAAAGUGGCACGGGAGAGGCUCUCGUGCAGAUCAUCGCUUGGGGUGGUGACUCCUUAAGACUGAUAGACGUGCUCUGUUCAAACGGAACAUCAGGUGACCUGGAAGUGUCCCUUGAAGCUGCAAGUGCAGAGUACCGAGCGCCUGACUGGAUCUUGGCCGGUUGUGCCCCAGAGCCCAGUGGUGACGCAGGAAAAGCUUAUGGAGUAACUGCCCACAAUGCUGUUCUGGGCUUCUAUGUUACGAACGGGGAUCAUCCACGAUAUCCGAAAAGCAUCCACCUCAAGCAGCAGGUCGCCGGAGUAAAGACUCUCCUCUAUUCCGCUAAUGCUGUGUCUCUCUCAUCGUCUCAAGUACUAGUUGCUGCCGGAACUGUUUUUGGAGAAGUCAUCGUUUGGUCUUGCUUCCUGGACGAGAAGAAUGACUUUCCUUCCGAAGCCGUGGGUUCGAUUCAUCACUUUUUUACCGGUCACGAAGGGUCUGUAUUCGGAGUCAGAAUAUCGAAGCAGAUUGCUCUGCCUGGACGUCCUUCAGCACGGCUUUUGGCAAGCUGCAGUGACGACCGCACUGUACGUGUCUGGGACAUCUCUGACUGCGAACAUGUCUCGCGUCAUGAUCCGUCUGCGUAUUCGACGGAUGGCUUCGAACUUCGCAGCACGGGGUUCGGCGCAGCGUCGGCCGUAAAGGACGAUGAACUCGGAUCGGAGUCUUGCAUUGCCAGUGCUUUUGGCCACAAGGCACGCAUCUGGAACGUCCAUUUCCUCCAUACGCAAGCCGGAAGCCAGAACAAUCUGAGCCUGGUGUCGAGUGGCGAAGACGCUACCUGCGUGGUGUGGGAUCUUACUUGGGACUCUGCCCUUUCACCAAAUACGAAGUUCGACCUGAGUGCAGUGACUUCAUAUCAUCUCCAUGCUGGAAAACACAUAUGGUCUUUAGAUACCCACAGCACUGGAUCAGAGUCGAUCAUCUACACCGGAGGUGCAGACGGGGGUCUGAAAAGUUUCCGAAUUGGUGUGAAUGAGAAUGGAUUGGCAAUCUUCCCAAAUCGGAACAGCAUUAUUAGAACUACGAUAGACCCCGAAGGGUCGGAUACUGCUGUGGACAAAACCAUGAAAUCUUUCGCUUUUGUUGCCCAAGACCGUUUCCUCGCUACGACGCACCGGGGAGAGAUCCAAAUAUGCGACUUGAUACACGGCGGGACAGCAAUGCCGCACAUCCGCAAAGAAACUUUGUCCAUUGAAGAAGAUCUUCGAUCUUUCUGCUUCAUGUCCAAGUUCGCCGAGUCCGACAUGGUAGUUUUUGCUGGCAGAAAUGGAUCCAUUCGACUAUACAACGACAAAACCAGGGAAAUUACAUUGCUUACCGACACCGGUCGAUUAUCGCAGGGGGUGUUUGCUCUGGGCUGCGAAUUGGACGCAGCUGGAUCACCGAAAGUUUUAUAUUUCCUGGUGUCCUACCCCAACUAUGACAAGGCAGACCUGUUUACAGUCACGUUGUCGCAGGAGGCCGAGCUGAAAGUGCAGAUGACACAGAUAGCCCUCCCCCACCUCAAGCAUUUUAAUAUCACAUGUGCAUCCUUGGCUUAUAACAACCAGUACUUGGUUGUCGGAUCCGCAUACGGCUAUCUUAGGAUCUACCGCGUUACCCAGUCGGACACCACUCAAGAAGCCCUGUGGUAUGGAAAUGUCCACGACCGAGAGGCGUUGACUCACGUUGGAUCCUGCUCAUUGUUCUUGGACAAGCCUGGAGAAUUGCAAGAGUAUUUCAUUACCUGCGGGCGAGACGGGAAAUACUGCAUCCACGAAAUUCAAGCUCAAGAUGCACAGGAUACGAUAUCUGUCAAAACCGUACAUCGCUCGAUCCCCCCUACAAGCUUUACCGUUCAGGGUGUUUACGUUGAGAAAGCCUCCCAAGAUAUCCUUACUUAUGGGUUCUCUGGUAGGGAUUUCAUAGUAUGGAAUGAGUCCCAACAGACAGAGAUCGCUCGAAUUGGCUGUGGUGGGUCACAUCGACAAUGGACUUUUCAGCCGGGCAUUGCUCUGAAUGGUUCAAGUUGGUUUCUGUGGUUCCAGGGACAGUUCAAUGCUCUUCCGAUUCAGAUGGAUGCCGUGCGCACCCUUAAACCUGGUGGACACGGCAGAGAAAUCAAGACGUUGAGCGUUUCUCCUACUAGUGAAGUUGGUCCCAUCUUCGUCACAGGGGGCGAGGAUACUAUUCUGCGAUUGUGUGCCCUGGAUGGGUCUCAGUCCAAAUGCCUGCAGGUGAUAAACCACCAUCAAACCGGAUUGCAGGAGGUCGGGUGGUCUCGGGAUGGACGGUUUCUUUUCACAUCCGGCGGCAUGGAAGAGUUUCACGUUUGGAGAGUCCGUUCAAUUCCUUAUUUUGGCCUCGCGACCAAUCUGGAAUGCUCAAGUUCAAUGGAAGAUUCCAAAUCUGAGCUGCGCGUUACGAGUUUCGACGUGUUGGAUGUAGAUGAAGGCUGUGGAGAGGGCGCUUUCUUGCUUUGCCUAACAUAUUCCAACUCAAAGCUCAAGAUCUUCCAUUACUCCUCUUCUGCGGAUGGGGGGCACUUUACCUUGCUCGCAAGAGGGACGUACACAAGCAACUGCUUGACUCAGGCCCGUUUCAUGCGUCGGGGCUCUUCUCUGGGGUUGAUAACGGCGUCUACUGACGGGUAUUUCACUUUUUGGAACCUAACUCCGGUCAUUGAGCCGUACUACACAAUAUCAUCUGUCUUACGCCCUAAGCAACCCAUACGAACCAUAACCGGCACGGCUGAGAACAUCACCUGCGAAAACCGGUUCCAGAUCCAUUCGAACAGCAUCAAGACACUAGAGAUCGUGGAGAUCUCGAUGACAGCUUCUUUGAUCGUGGCGGGUGGGGAUGAUAAUGCGCUGACAUUCUCAAUUCUGCGCACGGACUUCUCGAACACCGAAGCUUCCAGCGAAGCAUGCACAGUUCGCAUCCCGGAUGCUCAUGCUGCAUGCGUCUCGACGCUGAAAGUACUCGAAAAACACGAAUCCAAGGAUGACAGUGCUGUUCUGCAGCUGACCGUUGCUUCCUCCGGAAAUGAUCAACAGGUAAAGAUCUGGAGUGUCGAAGUGGACUCUAGGAAGAACAGCCCGGAGGGUGUGCGGGUGAUAAACACAUUCGACCGGUACACUGCGGUGGCUGAUCUGUCGUCUCUGGAUGUGAUCCGUGACGAGAUGGGCGUGUCUAAGUUGAUUGUGGGUGGAGUUGGGAUAGACGUGUUUGAAGUUCAACAGGAUUGA